GAGCUAUUCCAGAUGUAAUUCCGCUUUGUCCGAAGUUCCCCUGCAAACCAACUUCCUCUAAACUUUGGGAUAUAAAGCGUCUACCUACUGACCUAGUUAUAGACGACUGAAUCGCUAAAGAACAAUUGCACCUCGCCAACGAUGGAACUAAGAAUGCAUCUGUGUGUCGGUCUGAUUCUGCUGGGGACUGUCUUGGCCCAGCCAAACAAUCUCUCACUGGACAGGGAAUGGGAAAGCUGGAGAGCCACACAUAAGAAGGAAUACAAUGGCUUGGGUGAGGAAGCCAUCCGCAGGACCAUCUGGGAGAAGAACAUGCAGCUGAUUGAGGCGCACAACCAGGAGUAUGAGCUGGGGAUCCACUCCUACGAGCUGGGCAUGAACCACCUGGGGGACAUGACCACAGAAGAGAUUUCGGAGAGAAUGAUGGGGCUUCAGGUGCCCCUGUACAGGGAUCCUAACAACACCUUCACUGCUGAACCCAGAGAUCUCCAGAGGCUUCCCAAAUCUGUGGACUACCGCAAACUGGGCUACGUCACUCCAGUCAAAAAUCAGGGCUCCUGUGGUUCGUGCUGGGCCUUCAGCUCGUGCGGUGCUCUGGAGGGUCAGCUGAUGAAGACCAGAGGCCAACUGCUGGACCUCAGUCCCCAGAACCUGGUGGACUGCGUCACGGAGAACAGCGGCUGCGGCGGAGGCUACAUGACCAAAGCCUUCGACUACGUCAAGAACAACGGUGGCAUCGACUCAGAGCAGGCCUACCCUUACGUAGGACAGGACCAGAGUUGUGCUUACAGUGAGUCAGGGAGGGGAGCCGACUGCCGUGGGUUCAAAGAGAUCAAAGAAGGGGACGAGCGUGCCCUGACCGUGGCAGUGGCCAAGGUGGGACCCGUGUCCAUUGGCAUCGAUGCCACUCUGUCCACCUUUGCCUUCUACAAGAGAGGUGUGUACUAUGAUCGCAACUGCAACAAAGAUGAUAUCAAUCAUGCAGUAUUGGCUGUGGGUUAUGGAGUCACCACCAAGGGCAAGAAAUUCUGGAUUGUGAAGAACAGCUGGGGUGAGGAUUGGGGAAACAAGGGCUACAUCCUGAUGGCGCGUAACCGUAACAACGCCUGUGGAAUCGCCAACCUCGCCAGCUACCCCAUCAUGUGAUCACCAGAUCAUCAGGAGGAGGCCUGGGAUGAGAAUGACAACUGAGGGAACUACUUCAAAUAUCAACUACAAGGCACUGAGUCUGAUUCACGUGCCUCCAGCUGGCCUUGACCCGACCCUGUCCUUGCUUGUUUGAGUUAGUGUGUGAUGUGCUGUACAGUGUUGCUAUGUUUUCAUGUUAUGAACAGUUGAGGAUGUUGCCAUACGAGCAGUCCAAGAAUGUUGUUGUGCAAUAUAUAUAUAUGUAAGCCACACAAUUUGACAGAAUGUCUUUGGAAGCACAUAAUGCAAUUCUUUGUACCUCAGGAACAAAGUAUUCCUCCUGGUGAGGCUUAUUUGUAAACACACAAACAAAAAAAAAUGUUUUUAACUGAUGAAAUAAAUGUUGAGUAUUUUACA